AGUCGUUUAAAGCAAGUUGUGCGGCAUCGGCCGGCACAGUUAGUUGCUAGACGGCGGUCCGCGGACUUGUACCUGUACCUGACACCUGUGCACUGCAGAAGCAGAUCUCGCUAUGUUGUUCCUAGGCGUGGUUGUGUGUUCACUGCUCGCUGUCUCGGCUGCCACAGACGUCCAACAAUGCAGUGGGGAGAAUUUCGAUUUGGCCAAUAAUGUGCAGUUGUCACCGUGCAAGAAAUUACCAUGUCGCCUUAGGAAAGGCACCGAUCAACAUAUUACUAUUACCUUUAAACCAGAGAAAGACAUGGACGUGCUGAAUAACCACGUGUACGCGGUCAUAUUCGGAGUGGAGCUCCCGUUCAUCGGCGUGGACGGCGCGAACAUCUGCGACAAACUGGAGAACGAGGCCGGAGAGAAAGUCUCCUGCCCUCUCAAAGCUGGCACCACAUACGUAUACAGGGACUCCUUCCCGAUAUUAAGUUUCUACCCCAACACAGAUCUAACCGUGCAUUGGUCAUUGAGACACAACAAAAAGGAUAUAACAUGUUUCGAGGUAAAAGCUAAGAUAACUAAAUAAUUAUGCAGUAACAAAUAAUUAUAAGUCCACCCAACUAUUGUAUAAACACUAAUAUUGUAAUCCUAACACAGCCAUUCCAUCGUCUGAUUUAAAAUGUACUCCAGGAAGUCCGUUUUGGUUUGGAUGUAGUGGUAUUGAUAAUUAGUAAUUCAUCAUCAUCAUCAUCAUAUCAGCCGAUGGACCUCCACUGCAGGACAUAGGCCUUUUGUAGGGACUUCCAAACAUCACGAUACUGAGCCACCUGCAUCCAGCGAAUCCCUGCGAUUCGCUUGAUGUCGUCAGUCCACCUGGUGGGGGGUCGACCAACACUGCGCUUACUAGUGCGGGGUCGCCAUUCCAGCACUUUGGGACCCCAACGUCUAUCGGCUCUUCGAACUAUGUGCCCCGCCCAUUGCCACUUCAGCUUCACAACUUUUUGCGAAUUAGUAAUUAAUGGUAAUUUAUUCAAACUAAACUGAACUUUAAACAGUGAUAAGGUUUGAAGAAAAUCAAGAUUUAAAUCGUAAUCCAUGCUUAUGAAUAUGAGGGUGUAAGUACAGAAAAGUGUUAGACAGGCGGGUUAGUGCAAUCCAAGCAAAUCACUUCUAAUAUCUGUAAAACUGACAAAGUAAAGUAAACUUUACAUAGUAGUGAUUAGCUGCAUUUUAAUUGUAAACAAAUUGAUGAUUAAAAUUUAAUCCAUGUUUAUAAUCAUGGUCGAAGAAGUCCUUCAGUUUAUUUAUAUUAUAUAGCUUGGAAAAUAAGCCUUGAAAUAGUUAAAUUAUCUUUGAAUUUGACUUUAUACACACAAACGUUUGCAUCUUACCACUACAUCGAUAAUCCAGGCUAUCCCGGAAUAUAUUCUCGGAUUUGAUAUCAUAAUCAAAUGGCAAGUUAAGCCUACAAUAUUUAUUAAUUACAUUGACGGUAUAAAACGAUGUUUUUUUUUGGUGGGUAAGGUGGAUAGAGAGUCAUCGUUAUUCAAUCUCGUUAAAUCGUACUUAAUUUGAUACAAGAACUUCACACUUGGCGUCAACAUUCAAAAUAGGUAUCUAGCUGUCAAACAUGUGUGAGUGUGAAGUAUAUUGCCAGUUAUAGGAAAUUAAUGGCCAUCUCUCAUAUGUGCAUCAGUGUGUGUAUCGGCGUGUACAUAAUAUAUAUUAAGUGAAUUGGCAUCAUUGGGGUGCGCAACUGUUUAGUUCAGGAAAACCUGGACUUUUAUUACAGCUAUGGUAGGUGUAUUUAAAUUCAAAAUAAUCAGUGAUAUGCCAGACAUCCGUAUAUCCGUAUCCGCGGAUGUACAUUUUUAAAGAUCCGGCAGUCCGGCACAUUACUAGUUAUCUCAUGUAUGACGAACAAAAAAGUCAAUUUAACGUUGUCCCACAUAUAAAAUAACUCUUUGCAUUGUUUUAUAUUUAUAGUAUUAUUAGAAUAAGUUAAAUAGAACAGGUUUUUGAAUAAUAAAA